AUGAAUUACUAUGCGAUGCUUCUAGUUCAGGGCUACACGAGUAAACUUAUCCAUGUGGCGUUACUAAUCCGCAUUGGGUCGUCGAAUGUAUUGUUUGAGCGGACAUCGAAUGGCGGGCGACGAGUCGGCGUCGGCUACCGGCACGCGCACGAUGCCCACCAAGCUCCACUUGGAUCUUGUGACAGUCGCAGUUGCUCGACGCCACGAGCGUAUUAUACCGCGGACUGCGGAGACAGCGGCGCGCGCACGCCCCCGCAUGCCAUUAAACCGCCCCCGCAGAGCCUCUUUACCAUCGAUUCACCGAGCCGCGCGACAACCGCACGCCGUCUGGCGCUGCGGACCACGUGCGCUAUGCUCUUUGAUACGGACGCAAACUUCGACAAACUUUAUAAUUUAAUCUUCACUUUAAUAACAAUUAUGAUAAUAGCUCAGCGCACUUUUUCUUAAAUACAUUUCAUCUACGAUAAGUA